GUGUGGCAUCUACCUAGGUAUACAUAUUGUACAUACACUUUCUAGUAUUCAAUCACGGUCUACAUUGCAUUCUAUUGCGUCGUCUUACGAUGGUGAUGCCGGGUGUGUUGGGGAGAAGGACAGCAAGAACGCAGUGGGACGACUUGUUGGCCUCUCUCACUUAACCGGUUUUCUACACACAAUAUACCCUACAUCUAUUUGCCCCUGACACCUGCACUCUCGAAGAUCUUUUUUUUUUGAUAUUGAAUAUUGACUUCCAACCCCAGAUUCUCUUUGGUUCGGUGCAAUGCACAUCUUGCACAUCUUGCAUUGCAGAUCAACCAAUCAAAUCAUGGCAAGAAACAUCUCGAAAAAGGAGGCAAAGGUCAACGGACGAGGCUGAGCAAUGCCAACUAUCCCAUCCCACUGUUCAGCCGGUAUGCGAUAAUCUCAUUGUUUGAGAACGUUGUUAUGCAGCGACUCAUAACGCUUGAAGAUUGUCGUAACAUUGCCCUCUUUCUCCAAAUUCCAGGUUUCAUGACUUCUUAUCUUUAACUCUUACCCCCAACCUAACCGCAUUCUUCAUGACCAUGGCACAUAGUGCCUAGUUGUGAAUUCUAACCUACUGCACGCCGAGCCAUCGCCAACGACAAUCCAACUCGAUUGACUUACCAUUGCAAUAUACAUACUCGCCUCAAUUUAAGGUUAUCGGGAUAAGGCUGGUGGAUAUCCUCUCAACGUCCUUCGUUCAACCGCGAUUUGUGACUUUCAGCAAUGGCCGACGUAGAUCCCUUGGAGAAAGAUGUGGAACAGGCAGAGUCGAAACCGAUGAUUGGGGAAGAGACACACAGCAACAGAUAUGAGAGCAACGAGGGGAAAAGAAAAAAGAGUCUAGCGAGUAGAAUUGUCGAUGUUGCUUGCAUUGGUUUGAAUAUCAUCAGUACAGUAGUUCUCGUUUUUCUCAAUAAAUGGAUAUUCAAAGACCCCCAGCUGCGGAACAUGCAAAUAUCCUUUGCGAUGUGGCAUUUUACAUGCACAACCGUUGUGUUAUGUAUAGCUAGUCGUUCUCCCUUCAAGCUUUUUGUUCCCAUACGACUGCCAUUUCUCCAAAUGCUUCCACUAUGCUGCUUCUUUGCCGGCUUCCUCAUACUUGGAAAUUUAAGUUUGGCAUUCAAUUCCGUGGGCUUCUACCAACUCGCCAAAAUAAUGACCACACCCUGCGUUGCCCUUCUCCAAUACAUAUUUCUCUCCAAAGGCGUCUCCGCACAAACCAUCCUCGCGCUCGCCAGCGUCUGCGUAGGCGUAGGUCUAACUAAUACUGGAGCAUCUGGAACUACCACAUUUGGCGCAUCUAUCGCCAUUGCUGCAUUUGUAGUAACCGCAUUCUACCAAGUCUGGAUUGGCAAGAAACUCACCGAUUUCAAAGCCUCUUCUCCGCAACUUUUACUCAAUCAAGCCCCGAUAUCUGUUUUGAUUCUGGCGUUUUUGGCGCCGUUCUUCGAUACAAAACCAGAUGUGUCGGUGAUACCGAGGGAUACACUUAUUGCACUGUGUUUGAGUGGACUGGCGGCUGCAUUACUGAAUUUGAGUCAAUUCUUGAUUAUUGGAAGAAUGUCAGCAUUGACAUUCAAUGUUGCUUCCAAUGUUAAAACAAUCAUAAUCCUUACCUACGGUUUCAUGAGCGAAGGCCGAGUCCUCACCGUCAAAGACUCCAUGGGCAUAUUACUAGCUUUGGGCGGUGCAACAGUGUAUAGCCAGCUUUCACAGCGGUGAGAGAAGCAUAUUGUAAUGUGUAACGAAUCUUGAGAUCAUAGGUGAAAUCUAGGCGUUGUUGGAGCAUGAACUAGGUGUUUGGUGUGUAAAAUUUAAAAUCUUUGAGUUGGAUAGGUAGGGACAAUACGAAUAAUAAACACUGUUUUAAACAAUGAGCCUGAUGAGAAUACUGAAACUUA